CUGCCCGCCAGCGCCCGCCCGCGGCCGCCGCCAAUGAGACUCCUCCCGCUCCUCGUGGGUUUUUCCACUUUGUUGAGUUGUUCCUCUCCUCAAAGUUGCACCAAGACACCUUGUCUCCCAAAUGCGAAAUGUGAAAUACGUGAUGGAAAGGAAGGCUGCUAUUGCAACUUGGGCUUUUCAGGAAACGGUGUCACAUUCUGUGAAGAUGAUAAUGAGUGUGGAAAUUUAACCCAGUCCUGUGGUGAAAAUGCUAAUUGCACUAACACAGAGGGAAGUUAUUAUUGUAUGUGUGCACCCGGUUUUAGAUCCAGCAGUAACCAAGACAGGUUUAUCACUAAUGAUGGAACCGUCUGCAUAGAUAUAGAUGAGUGCAGUGAGUCAGUUGUCUGUGGUGAUCAUGCAGUGUGUGAAAAUGUAAAUGGUGGAUAUCACUGCUUCUGCAAGGAAGGUUAUCAGACGUCCACAGGAAAACUGCAGUUCACACCUCAGGAUGGUACUUACUGCCAAGAAAAUGUGAAUGCAAACUGUCAUUUAGAUAAUCCUUGUAUUGCUGCAUAUAUUAAUAAAACUUUAACAAAAAUUAGACCCAUAGGAAAACCAGUGGCCUUGUUACAAGAAAUCUAUAGAAAUUCUGUGACAGAUCUUUCACCAGUGGAUAUCAUUACAUAUAUAGAAAUAUUAGCUGAAUCAUCUCCAUUGCUAGGCUACAUGAAUAACACUAUCUCAGCCAAGGACACCUUUUCUAAUUCAACUCUUACAGAAUUUGUAAAAACUGUGAACAAUUUUGUUCAAAAAGAUGUAUUUAUAGUUUGGGACAAGUUAUCUACAAAUUAUAGGAGAACUCAUCUUACAAAACUCAUGCACACUGCUGAACAAGCUACAUUAAGGAUAUCUCAGAACUUCCAAAAGACCACUCAGUUUGAUACUAAUUCUACUGAUAUAGCUCUCAAAGUCUUCUUUUUUGAUUCAUAUCACAUGAAACAUAUUCAUCCCCAUAUGAAUGUGGACGGAAACUCUAUCAAUAUAUUUCCAAAGAGAAAGGCUGCAUAUGAUUCAGGUGGCAAUGUUGCAGUUGCAUUUUUAUAUUAUAAGAGUAUUGGUCCUUUGCUUUCACCAUCUGAUAACUUCUUAUUGGAACCUCAAAAUAAUGCUAAUUCUGAAGAGGAGGAAAGAGUCAUUUCUUCCGUGAUUUCAGUCUCAAUGAGAUCAAGCCCACCCACAUUGUACGAACUUGAAAAAAUAACAUUUACAUUAAGUCACCUAAAGAUACCAGAUAAGUACAGGAGUCUUUGUGCAUUUUGGAACUACUCAGCGGAUACCAUGAAUGGCAGCUGGUCUUCAGAGGGCUGUGAGCUGACAUACUCAAAUGAGACCCACACUUCGUGCCAUUGUAAUCAUCUGACACAUUUUGCAAUUUUGAUGUCUCCUGGUCCUUCCAUUGGUAUUAAAGACUAUAAUAUUCUUACAAGGAUCACUCAGCUAGGAAUAAUUAUAUCACUGAUUUGUCUUGCCAUAUGUAUUUUUACCUUCUGGUUCUUCAGUGAAAUUCAAAGUACCAGGACAACAAUUCACAAAAAUCUCUGCUGUAGCCUAUUUCUUGCUGAACUUGUUUUUCUUGUUGGAAUCAAUACAAAUACUAAUAAGCUCUUCUGUUCAAUCAUUGCCGGACUGUUACAUUACUUCUUUUUAGCUGCCUUUGCAUGGAUGUGCAUCGAAGGCAUUCAUCUCUAUCUCAUUGUUGUGGGAGUCAUCUACAAUAAGGGAUUUUUGCACAAGAAUUUUUAUAUAUUUGGCUAUCUAAGCCCGGCUGUGGUAGUCGGAUUUUCAGCAGCAUUAGGAUACAGAUAUUACGGCACCACCAAAGUAUGUUGGCUUAGCACUGAAAACAACUUUAUUUGGAGUUUCAUAGGACCAGCGUGUCUAAUCAUUCUUGUCAAUCUCUUGGCUUUCGGAGUUAUCAUAUACAAAGUCUUUCGUCACACUGCAGGGUUGAAACCAGAAGUUAGUUGCUAUGAGAAUAUCAGGUCUUGUGCACGAGGAGCCCUCGCCCUCCUGUUCCUCCUCGGUACCACCUGGAUCUUUGGGGUCCUCCACGUUGUGCACGCAUCAGUGGUUACUGCGUACCUCUUCACAGUCAGCAAUGCCUUCCAGGGGAUGUUCAUUUUCUUAUUCCUGUGUGUUUUAUCUCGAAAGAUACAAGAAGAGUAUUAUAGAUUGUUCAAAAAUGUUCCUUGUUGUUUUGGAUGUUUAAGGUAAACAUGGAGAACUAUGAAUAAAUAUAACUGCACAAAAAUUUUUAAAAAUUCAAGCUGUGGAUGAACAAUGUGCAAAAAAUGACUCAAAUCAUCAAUUUAUCAGUUACUAGAUAAUCAAAUAUUUUCAAUCAGUUUUUCUGUUUACAGUAUAGGAACUGUAGAUAACAAGAGAUGAAAUUAUGUACCAUGCAGCUAUAAUAUGCUUUCCCACACGACAUAGUUAUGUCAAAAAUAGUAUAGCAGUUAUUUGGAAAGUAAUUGGUUUCUCAGGAGUGAUAUCACUGCACCCAAGGAAAGAUUUUUUUUUUCUAAUUCAAGAAUUAUAUGAAUAUCCUGAAGGAAACCACUGGCUUGAUAUUUUUGUGACUCAUGUUGCCUUUGAAACGAGUCCCCUACCACCUUGGUAAUGAGCUCCGUUACAGAAAGUGGAACAUAUGAGAAAGAAGGAGUAGAAUGUCAAACAGUGCAAAGGGAAUGAGAACAAUGAGAUGUAUUCUGAAUAAGCUUGCUUUUCUGUAAACUAGAUGAGAGACUGUUGAGAUAAAAUAAAGGAUUGAAGAAACACGUCUUACCAUUU